CUUAUGUUACCUGAUGACUUUUAGUCUCUAAUUUCUACUUUCUAUUAAAGGGCAGGUGGCUUCUGAUUUUCAAUACUAUUUCUGCACCUAUGAUUUUUGUCACAUGUACAAUAUUUAGCUUCGUGAGGAAACUCCAUGUAUUUGGAAACAUUUUAAAUAGUUCUUCCAUGAAGAGAAUGUUUGGUGGUGUUCUCAGCAACUUUGUAAUUUUCUGCUUUCAAAUGUGCUACGUGAAAUGUCCUUCCCACGGUGGCCAUGGCCAUUCUGAGGGCAGAUCAAACGUGAGGAAACUGUGAUGCUGUACCUGGACCUAGGCCAGAAGGGGCCCUCGGAACAGUGUCAGACUCUUCCUUCUGGACAUCUUCCUUUACUUUCUUAGGUUCAGAACCUGCACUCUUUCCUGUUAAAUAGGCAGUCCUCUGGCUUUGAAAAUUAGUUGGACUAUGAAGGUUUAAGUAGAGAUAGGGAGAAGGUAUGCAUGGAAUGGUAUGUGCCGAAAGUAGAAAGUAGCAGAAAACAGUGCUGACAGGAAAGGGACCGAGGGCUGUGCUGAGCAGGCCGGCCUGCUUCCUCAGUGGUCUCCUGUGCAGGCAGUGUCGACCAUCAUAGAGUCAUUUAUCUGUGCAGCUUACCCCAUUCCUGUCUUUGCUGUGGUUCCAACUGACCUGUAAAACACAUCUGAAAAUAAGCAGAGAGCAUAAUGGUGGAAAUUGAUAAACUGGCUCAUCAAAUUUCUAGAUUUGGAUGAAAUCUGGGCACGUAGACAAAAGCAAAAAUUGGCUUUCUAUGAAUUGUGCUGUGAGUCUCUCUAGUGACUCAGAGACCUAAGUAGAAAAGUGAAGAUUAACACUUCCCCAGACUAACACACUUGUUCUUAAGAAUGGAGUGGCCUUCCUGAGGUCAUCAUGCUGCACUCUUGCUGCCCUCAAAUUGUUCUGGGAUCAAAGCACUUUAUGAAUCAGUGAAGCUCUUGACCUGCAAUUUUACAGCUUUCUUGGAAGGCAAGGAAAACCGGAAAUUGUGCCUGACCGAUGUCAAACUGUCUCCUGAAAAUCAGAACCUAUGGCUUUCUCUGUGGUCCUUCAGAAAGCAUUCCUCUUAGCUUUGCUGUCCUUGAGGGCUUACCAAAAUGAAGUCUUUGAUGAACCUAUCCAGUUGGUUCCCGAGGUACAGAAUGUUUCCACCUCUUCUAAACCGCAGCAAGUGAAUUUACAAUGGACUGUCCCAAACCUUGCUCAUCACCAGGAAUUAAAAAUGAUGCUCCAGAUAGAGAUCAGUAGAAUCAAAACAUCCAAUGUGAUACAGGUGGUGAAUUACACUACCACUGUGAAGUGGAAUCAAGUUAUGCACUGGAACUGGAAACCUGACAUCCCUUUGGAAUGUGUAAAAUACUUCUUAAGAAUAAGGGGCAUGGUGGAUGAUGAUAAGUUCCUCCUACAGAGUUCCUGGAGCAACUGGAGUUCCUGGCAGGAAGCUCAUAUACCAGUUUCUCUUGAACCCAAUACAGUGCUAGUAUUUCCUGAAGAUCCACUGGUGGAAGAAGGCUCCAACAUCACUAUUUGUUCUGUGUAUGGAAGGAAUCAGCAUAAUGUGUCUUGUUAUUUGCAAGAAAAACCAAUACCUGGAGAACAACUUGAUUCCCAUGUGUCCAUAUUCAAUUUGAAUAAUGUUGUUUUCUUUAGAGACACAGGGACAAACUUUUUUUGUAACAGCAUAGAUACCAAACUUGAAGAUGGUAUUGUUCUCUUUGUCUCAAAAGUACUUGAAGAACCCAAGAACUUUUCUUGUGAAACUCAAGACUUCAAGACUUUAAACUGUAUAUGGGAACCUGGGGUAGAUACGGCUUUGGCUUGGAAACAACAACCUCCCCAAAACUACACUUUAUUUGAAUCGUUCUCUGGAAGAAGAAAACUCUGUAACAAAAGCUCAUGUGAUUGGCAAAUCACUGAUGAUUCUCAGGAAAUAUAUAACUUCACACUCAUAGCUAAAAAUUAUUUAAGGACGAGAAGUGUCAGCGUCAGUUUUCACCUGACUCAUCGAGUUUAUCUAAAAGCUCCCCACAAUGUCAGCCUUGAAAUUAUAAAUACCACAAAAGCCCAUAUGACCUGGAAGGUGCACUCCCGGGGGAAUGACUACACACUUCUGUGUCAGAUUGAACUCCUAUGUGAAAAAGAAGUGAUACAUGAGCACAAUGUUUCUGUCCACAUGAGUGGUGACUACCUCUUCAAUGAUCUGGAUCCUGACACAGAGUACAAGGCCAGUGUGCGCUGUGCAGAUGCCACCCACUUCUGGAAAUGGAGUAACUGGGCUGAAAAAACAUUCAGCACACCUGAAGCCGCUCCCUCAGAGGCCCUUGAUGUUUGGAGAAUAGUGAGGUCAAAGAAUGGAAGUCGCAUUGUGACCUUAUUCUGGAAGCCACUAUCAAAAUCACGGGCCAAUGGCAAGAUCCUAUUCUAUAAUAUAGUUGCAGAAAACCAAGACAAACCAGCUAAGUCAAAACAUUGCUCCAUCCCAGCACCGGCCUCUGACACACAACUGACACUUGACCAGUCUUCUUACAAGCUUCACAUCACGGCCAACAACAGUGUAGGCAUGUCACCUGAAACGAUAUUGGUUCUCUCUAGAGAAUCUGGAAACCAAGAGGUUGUUGAGAAAAGAAUUAAUGGCACAAAAGAUGGAUUCCUUAUUUCUUGGGAGCCCAGGUCUAGAGAUGUCAUAAGUUAUAUUGUGGAUUGGUGUGCUCAUUCCCAGAACCAGCUCUGUGAUUUACAGUGGAAGAACCUAGGUCCCAAUACCACAAGUACCAUCAUCAGUUCAGAUGCUUUUAAACCAGGGGUCCGUUACAACUUCAGAAUUUUUGAAAUACCUGUGCAAGGGCCUGUUUAUUUAGUAGAGAAGCAAACAGGAUACACUCAGGAACUGGCUCCUUUGGAGAGCCCAGAAGUGCUCACGAGUAACUUGACCUCACACUCCUUCACUCUGAGCUGGCAGGGUUAUGCCAGCCAGUUCCAGGCUGGUUUUAUACAAGGGUACCGUGUCUAUUUGAAGUCCAAGGAGAUGCAUUGCCACUCAGGAUGGGACAAGGUGCUUCUUUCAGAUAAUUCAGUGUGCUGCAAUUAUGACAUCAAAGACCCAAAGCAAAAGAUAUUCACUGUGGAAAACCUGAGGCCAGAAUCCGACUAUGAGUUCUCCGUGAGGUCAUACACCAGUGUUGGUGAGAACCAGAAUGCUACCUUCAUGAUGGUCACGACUCCAGAUGAGCACUCCCACAUGCUGCUGAAGACAAUGUUGCCCAUGAGUCUCUGUGUCUUGCUCAUCAUGGUUGUGUGCUACUGGAAAAGUCAGUGGGUGAAAGAGACAUGCUAUCCUGACAUCCCAAACCCAUCCAAGAGCAGCAUCCUGUCACCAAUAAAAUACAUGCAGAACCCUCAUUUGACAAUUAUGAACGUCAAAGACUGCAUUCCAGAUGUUCUUGAAGUUAUAAACAAGGCAGAAGGCACCAAGACACUGUAUACAGGUGCUGGGAAGCUACAUGCAGAAAACGUGACUAAACUUCCCCCUGUGCCAACAGAAAAGGAUUCCUGCGGCCCUGUGCCCUGCAUCUUUUUUGAGAACUUUACUUAUGAUCAGUUAGCUUUUGAUUCUGAUUCCCAUGGCCAUGUUCCAGGACCUCUAAAAGACAUACUGUGCCAGCUGGGACCACUGACCCCACCUAAAAAUUUACUAAAUGUACUAGGAAAUAGCAACAUGAAGUCCCUGACUGGCAGUCCAACUGAAGAAACUAGCUUGAUUUAUGUGUCUCAGCUGGCUUCACCCACGUGUGGUGACAAGGACAGUCUCACCACAAACCUACCCAGGCCAGUGCACUGUUCAGAAUAUAAGAUGCAAAUGGCAGUUCCCCCAAGCCUUGCCUCACCUGCCUUGAGUAAGAACAGUGACCUGUCCUCAAUGAUCCUUUUAGGAAAAGGUGAACCCUAGGGUUAACCAGCAAGAAGCCAGU